GCUGAAUUCUCAUGAGCACGAGCUCUGUUGGCUGAGAGACAAAGCCAGGCAAAUUGCCCAGAAAGAUAUGGCUUCUGCACCGGAAGUGGACAGGGAGGUCAACCGCUUGGAAGUCACCUGGGACGACACUAAAAAGUUAAUUCACGAGAACCAGGGCCAGUGCUGUGGACUCAUUGACUUAAUGAGAGAGUAUCAGAACCUGAAGUCAGCAGUAUCCAAAGCUACAGAGAAUGCCAACAGUGUCAUUGGAAUGAGAGCUGCCAUAAAGGAUCAGGAGGACCUGAAGUGGGCUUUUUCCAAGCAUGAGGCCGCCAAGAACGAAAUGAAUUGUAAACAGAAAGACUUGGACAGUUUCACCAGCAAAGGCAAACACCUGUUAUCUGAGCUGAAACAGAUACACAGUAGUGACUUCAGCUUGGUGAAAACAGACAUGGAGAACACGGUGGACAAAUGGCUGGAUGCAUCAGAGAAAAUUGAAGCCAGCAUGGAGAGGCUGAGGAUAAGCCUAUCCAUAUGGGAUGAUGUCCUUGCAAGCAAAGAUGAGAUUGAGGCAUGGUCCAACAACGCCCUGCCACAGCUGGCUGAGACCAUCAACAACCUGAGAGACAGCCGAAGAGCUGAAGAGUUCCUUAAGGAAUUUGAGUCUGAAGUUAAAAACAAGGCCUUGAAAUUGGAGGAACUGCAUUCCCAAGUCAAUGAUCUUAAAGAAUUAACUAAGAACCCAGAAACACCAACAGAUCUCCAGUUUAUAGAGGCCGACCUGAGGCAGAAGCUGGAGCACGCCAAAGAGACGACCGAAGAAGCAAAGGGCACCCUGAGGGACUUCACGGCUCAGAGCAGCCAAGUGGAGAGGUUCAUCAGCGACUUGACCGCGUGGCUGGCGACGGUGGAGGAAGCCUUGGCCAGCUGUGCCCGCGCGGAGACUUGCGAAGGGCUGAGAAAAGUCAAGGAUAUUCAGAAAGAGCUUCAAGGGCAGCAAGGCAACAUCAGCUCCACCCAGGAAAAUCUCAACAGCCUGUGUCGCAAGUACCACUCGGCGCAGCUGGAGAGCCUGGGCCGGGCAAUGACCGGGCUCAUGAGGAAGCAUGAAGCCGUGAGCCAGCUGUGCUCCCACACCCAGGCCAGCCUGCAGGAUUCUCUGGAAAAACAUUUCAACGAUUCUAUGCAGGAAUUCCAAGAAUGGUUUUCCAAAGCGAAAUCAGCAGCCAGAGAAUCAUCCAAUCAUACUGGUGACAGCCAGGCUGUAGAGGCCAGGCUCCGCGACCUUCAGGGCAUCUUAGACUCAGUCAGUGAUGGGCAGAGCAAGCUUGAUGUGGUGACUCAAGAAGGACAAACUUUGUAUGCACAUUUGUCAAAACAAAUCGUGGGCAGCAUCCAGGAGCAGAUCACCAGGGCAAACGAAGAGUUCCAAGCAUUCCUGAAGCAGUGUCUCAAAGACAAGCAGGCUCUCCAGGACUGUGCCUCUGAGCUGGGGAGCUUUGAGGAUCAGCACAGAAAACUCAACUUGUGGGUCCAUGAAAUGGAGGAAAGGUUAAGCACAGAGAACUUUGGAGAGAGCAAGCAGCAUAUUCCUGAGAAGAAAAACGAAGUUCACAAAGCCGAAAUGUUUCUGGGAGAACUUCUGGCUGCCAGAGAGUCACUUGACAAGCUGUCCCAGAGAGGGCAGCUUCUCAGCGAAGAAGGACACAGCACAGGGAAAGGCAGCCGCCGGUGUGCCCAGCUUCUCACCAGCUACCAGAACCUUCUCAGGAUGACCAAAGAGAGGCUGCGCAGCUGCCAGCUGGCCCUCCAGGAACAUGAGGCCCUGGAGGAUGCAGUGCAGGGCAUGUGGUCUCGGGUGAAGGACCUCCAAGACAGACUGGCCUCUGCGGAGAGCACUCUUGGGAGCAAGGAGACCUUGGAGAGACGCUUGUCACAGAUACAGGACAUCCUCUUGAUGAAGGGUGAAGGAGAAGUGGAAUUGAAUAUGGCUAUUGGCAAGGGGGAACAGGCCUUGAGAAGUAGCAACGAAGAAGGUCAGCAGGCGAUUCGGGCCCAGCUGGAGGUGCUCAGAACUGUGUGGGCUGACAUCAUGAGCUCUGCAGCCCAUGCACAGGGCAACCUGGAGUCUGUGAUUAGCCAAUGGAAUGAUUAUGUAGAGAGGAAAAGCCAGUUGGAGCAGUGGAUGGAAUCCAUGGAUCAGAAAGUCGAGCAUCCCUUACAGCUGCAGCCAGGGCUGAAGGAGAAGUUUUCCCUGUUGGACCACUUCCAGUCCGUUGUCUCCGAGGCAGAGGAUCACACGGGAGCCCUGCAGCACCUAGCGGCCAUGUCCAGGGAGCUGUAUGAGAAGACCCACGAUGAGUAUUUCAAGGAAACGGCGCAGGAAGAACUGAGGACACAGUUUCAGGAUAUAAUGACAGUGGCCAGGGAGAAAAUGAGGAAGGUGGAAGAGAUUGUGAAAGACCACCUCAUGUACUUAGAUGCUGUCCAGGAAUUCACUGAUUGGCUCCACUCAGCCAAAGAGGAACUCCACAGAUGGUCAGAUGUGUCCGGAGAUUCAUCAGCCACCCAGAAAAAGUUGUUGAAAAUCAAGGAGCUGAUAGAUUCCAGAGACAUCGGGGCAGGCCGCCUGAGCAGAGUGGAGUCGCUGGCCCCGGCAGUGAGACAGCGCACAGCUGCCAGUGGCUGUGAGCUCAUGCGCGCCGAGAUGCAGGCCCUGCGCGCCGACUGGAAGCACUGGGAAGAGAGUGUGUUUCAAGCCCAAGGCAGCCUGGAGACCGUGGUCAGUGAAAUGGCCCUCUCGGAGCGAGAAUUCUCAGGCCAGGUGGCCCAACUCGAGCAGGCCCUGGAACAGUUCAGUGCCCUGUUGAAAACCUGGGCCCAGCAGCUAACCCUCCUGGAAGGCAAGAAUACGGAUAAGGAAAUAGUGGAGAGCUGGUACAAAGGACAAGAGAUCCUGGAUGAGCUACAGAAAGCAGAACCAACCACGGAGGACCUGAAGUCUCAGCUCAAUGAACUCUGUCGGUUUUCCAAAGACCUGAGUUCAUACAGUGAGAAAGUCUCUGGCUUGAUAAGAGAAUAUAAUUGUCUUUGCUUGCAAGCAUCCAAGGGCUGCCAGCAUAAAGAACAGAUCUUACAGCAAAGAUUUCGAAAGGCCUUCAGGGAUUUCCAGCAGUGGCUGGUCAAUGCAAAAAUCACUACUGCCAAAUGUUUUGAUAUACCUCAGAAUAUUAGUGAAGUUUCAGCAAGCCUUCAGAAAAUCCAGGAGUUUUUGUCAGAAAGUGAGAAUGGCCAGCAUAAGCUGAAUGUGAUGCUGUCAAAGGGAGAACUUCUAAGUUCUCUGCUGACCAAAGAGAAAGCGAAAAGUAUCCAGGCCAAAGUUGAAACUGCAAAAGAAGACUGGAAAAACUUUCAUUCGAAUCUCCAUCACAAAGAAUCUGCCUUAGAGAAUCUGAAGAUCCAGAUGAGGGACUUUGAAGUGAGUGUGGAGCCCGUGCAGAGCUGGUUGAGCAAGACAGAGGAGCUCGUCCACCAAAGCAGCAAUCGCCUCUACGACCUGCCGGCCAAGAGAAGAGAGCAGCAGAAACUGCAGUCUGUCCUUGAGGAAGUGCACUGCCGCGAACCUCAGCUGCACAGGCUGAAGGAGAAAGCAAGGCAGCUGUGGGAAGGACAAGCUGCCAGCAAGAGCUUUGUGCACAGAGUGUCGCAGCUGUCCUCCCGGUAUCUAGCGCUAAGCAAUGUGACCAAGGAAAAAGUGUCCAGACUGGACAGAAUUGUCGCAGAGCACAGUCAGUUUUCCCUGGGGGUGAAAGAACUCCAAGAGUGGAUGACAGAUACAGUCCACCUGCUGGAUUCUUACUGCCACCCAACAUCUGACAAAAGCGUGCUGGACAGCAGGAUGCUCAAGCUUGAGGCUCUGUUAUCUGUGAGGCAAGAAAAGGAGAUUCAGAUGAAAAUGGUCGUCACCAGGGGGGAGUAUGUCCUGCAGAAUACCUCUCCAGAAGGCAUCCCUGCUAUCCAGCAGCAGCUGCAGGCUGUGAAGGAUAUGUGGGAAUCUCUCCUGUCCUCAGCAAUUCGUUGUAAAAGUCAGCUUGAAGGAGCUCUCUCUAAAUGGACGAGCUAUCAGGAUGAUGUGCGACAGUUUUCCAGUUGGAUGGAUGGAGUGGAAGGCAGCCUAAAUGAAUCGGACAGGCAGCACACAGAGCUGCGGGAGAAAGUGACCACUCUCGGCAAAGCCAAGCUGUUAAAUGAAGAAGUGCUGAGUCACAGCAGCCUGCUGGAGACCAUUGAAGUUAAGGAAGCAGGCAUGACAGAGCAUUAUGUCACACAGUUAGAAUUUCAGGAUCUGCAGGAGCGAUACCAAGCAAUCAAAGAGAGGGUCAAGGAGGCAGUAACAAAAUAUGAAAAACUUGUUCGCCUACACCAAGAGUAUCAGAGAGACCUAAAGGCAUUCGAAGUUUGGUUGGGUGAAGAACAAGAAAAACUUGACCAAUACUCAGCUCUUGAGGGGGACACCCACACUCACGAGACAGCCUUGCGGGAUCUUCAGGAGCUGCAAGUUCACUGUGCCGAGGGUCAGGCGCUGCUCAACGCCGUGCUGCACACCAGAGAGGAUGUGAUCCCGGCGGGCAUUCCCCGGGCAGAAGACCGCGUGUUGGAGUCGCUGCGGCAGGACUGGCAGACUUACCAGCACAGACUCUCGGAAACCCGGAUGCAGUUCAACAAUGUCGUGAACAAGCUGAGGCUGGUGGAACAGAAGUUUCAGCAAGUAGAUGAAUGGCUCAAGAAGAUGGAGGAGAAAGUUAGUAUCCGGACAGAGCGUCAGUCUAACCGGGCAACUAAGGAGAUGCAGCUACACCAGAUGAAGAAGUGGCAUGAAGAGCUGUCAGGGCGCAGAGAUGAAGUGGAGGAGGUGGGAGCCAGAGCACAGGAGCUCCUGGAUGAGAGUCAUGUGGACAGCAGGAUGAGUGGCCAGGCCACCCAGUUGACCUCUAGAUACCAGGCAUUGCUCCUCCAAGUGCUGGAGCAAAUCAAAUUCCUGGAAGAGGAAAUUCAGAGUUUGGAAGAAGCUGAAUUAUCACUCAGUUCCUAUUCUGAUUGGUAUGGCUCCACUCAUAAAAACUUCAAGAACGUGGCUUCCAAAAUUGAUAAAGUGGACAAAGCGAUGAUGGGGAAGAAGUUGAAGACCCUGGAGGUAUUGUUAAAAGACAUGGAGAAAGGCCACGGCUUGCUGAAGUCAACCCGGGAGAAAGGCGAAAGAGCUAUAAAAUACUUAGAGGAAGGUGAGGCAGAGACAUUGAGGACAGAAAUCCAUGACCACAUGGAACACCUGAAGGAACUGACCAGCACUGUCCGAAAAGAACACAUGUCCCUGGAGAAAGGUCUUCACUUAGCCAAGGAGUUCUCAGAUAAGUGGAAGGCGCUGAGUAGGUGGAUAGCAGAAUACCAGGAAAUCCUCCAUGCUCCACAAGAACCCAAAAUGGAACUAUAUGAGAAAAAAGCUCAAUUAUCAAAAUACAAGUCUCUGCAACAAGUGGUGCUAUCCCAUGAGCCAUCUGUGACCUCAUUGCAAGAGAAAGGUGAAGCGCUCCUGGAACUGGUACAAGAUGUGACCCUAAAGGACAAACUACAUCAGCUUCAACAUGACUACCAGAACCUCUGCAGCAUAGGGAAGGAGCAUGUCUCUAGCCUGGAGGCCAAAGUCAGAGACCAUGAGGAUUACAACAGUGAGCUCCAGGAGGUAGAAAAGUGGCUCCUGCAGAUGUCCAGCAGGCUGGUGGCCCCUGACCUUCUGGAGACGAGUAGCCUGGAGACCAUUACCCAGCAGCUCGCCCAUCACAAGGCCAUGAUGGAAGAAAUUGCCGGUUUCGAAGACCGCUUGAACAGCCUUCAAGUCAAAGGGGACGCUUUAGUAGACCAGUGUGCGGACCACCUGCAAGCCAAGCUGAGGCAGAGUGUGCGUGCCCACCUGCAGGGCACAAGGGACAGCUACUCGGCAAUCUGCAGCACAGCCCAGAGGGUGUACCAGAGUUUGGAACAAGAACUUCAGAAGUAUGUCAGCAGGCAAGACACCCUGCAGCAAUGUCAGGCGUGGCUGGCUUCGGUCCAGCCAGACAUAAAGCCCAGUCCACAGCCUCCUCUCAGCCGGGCAGAAGCCGUGAAGCAGGUAAAGCACUUCAGAGCUUUGCAGGAGCAGUGCAGGACCUACUUGGACCUCCUUUGUUCCAUGUGUGACUUGUCAAACUCUUCAGUGAAAACUACAGCCAAAGACAUUCAACAAACAGAGCAGCUGAUUGAACAGAGGCUGGUGCAGGCACAGAACCUGACUCAGGGCUGGGAAGAGAUCAAGCACUUGAAGGCAGAGCUCUGGAUUUAUCUUCAGGAUGCUGACCAGCAGCUGCAGAACAUGAGGAGGAGGCCCUCUGAGCUGGAGCCAAACGUCGCCCAGAACAUGUUUGUCCAAGCCAAGGAUUUUGCUGAGCAGCUGCAGUGCAAGCGGGCAUCCGUGGGCUCCAUUGUGGAAAAGGUGAACCAGCUCACCAAGCAGCAGGAGUCCCCUGAACACAAGGAAAUCGGUCACCUCAGUGACCAGUGGCAGGAUCUGUGUCUUCAGUGUGAGCAGCUGUGCACUCAGAGGGAAGAGGAUCUUCAGAGAACCAGUGAUUACCAUGACCGGAUGACGGUUGUGGAAGCCUUCUUAGAAAAGUUUACUACGGAAUGGGAUAACCUGGCCAGAUCCAACGCAGAGAGCACAGCUGUCCACUUGGAAGCUUUGAAGAAGUUGGCACUGGCGUUGCAGGAAAAGAAGCAUGCCAUCGAGGAUCUGAAAGAACAGAAGCAGAAAAUGACAGAGCAUCUGAAUCUAGAUGACAAGGAGCUCGUGAAAGAGCAGACCAGUCACUUUGAGCAGCGCUGGUUUCAGCUCGAGGACCUUGUUAAGAGGAAAAUCCAGGUGUCGGUCACCAACUUGGAGGAGCUGCAUGUGGUGCAGUCCCGAUUCCAGGAGCUGAUGGAGUGGGCGGAAGAGCAGCAGCCCAGCAUCGCGGAGGCCCUGAAGCAGAGCCCACCCCCUGACGUGGCGCAGAGCCUCCUCGUGGACCACCUGGCCGUGUGCAGUGAGCUGGAGACCAAGCAGAUGCUCCUGAGGUCUCUGACCAAGGAUGCCGACCGGGUCAUGGCUGAUCUCGGCCUCAACGAGCGCAAGGUAAUUCAGAAGGCGCUCUCGGAUGCACAGAAGCAUGUGAACUGUCUCAGCGACUUAGUGGGCCAGCGAAGAAAGUACUUAAACAAGGCUUUGUCUGAGAAAGCCCAGUUUCUCAUGGCCGUGUUUCAGGUGACCAGCCAGAUUCAGCAGCAUGAACGGAAGAUCAUGUUCCGGGAGCACAUCUGCCUCCUACCAGAUGACGUGAGCAAGCAGGUUAAAACAUGCAAGAGCACCCAGGCCAGCCUCAAGACCUACCAGAAUGAAGUCACCGGACUUUGGGCGCAGGGUCGAGAAGUCAUGAAGGGAGUCACUGAGCAGGAAAAGGGGGAAGUGCUUGGGAAGCUUCAGGAAUUGCAGAGCGUCUAUGACUCUGUUUUGCAAAAGUGUAGUCACCGGUUACAAGAGCUGGAGAAGAAUUUAGUAUCUCGAAAGCAUUUCAAGGAAGAUCUGGACAAAGCCUGUCACUGGCUCAAGCAGGCAGACAUCAUUACGUUUCCUGAGAUCAACCUCAUGAGUGAGAGCAGUGAGCUCCACGCACAAUCAGACAAAUACCAACACGUUCUCGAACAGUCUCCAGAAUACGAGAGCCUCCUACUCACGCUGCAGAGAGCUGGACAGGCCAUGCUACCUUCUCUGAAUGAAGUUGACCACUCCUACCUCAGUGAGAAGCUGCUUGCUCUGCCCCAGCAAUUUAACGUCAUUGUUGCAUUGGCCAAAGACAAGUUCUAUAAAGUCCAGGAAGCAAUUCUGGCUCGGAAGGAGUACGCUUCCCUGAUCGAACUGACAGCCCAAGCCCUGGGUGAGCUUGAAGAUCAGUUCUUGAAGAUGAGGAAAGUCCCCUCGGAGCUGGACGCUGAGGAGAGUCUGUGUCUUCAGGAGAGCUGCAAGACCCUUCUGGGAGAGGUGGUGAGCCUUGGGGAGGCGGUGGAUGAACUGAACCAGAAAAAAGAAAGCUUCCGCAGCACGGGCCAGCCGUGGCAGCCGGACAGCAUGCUGCAUCUGGUCACUUUGCAUCACAGGCUGAAGAGGCAGGCGGAACAAAGGGUGAGCUUGUUCGAAGACAUCACGAGCACUUACCAGGAACAUGUGAAGAUGCGCCAGCAGCUAGGCUGUCAGCUAGAGGCUGUGAAAGCCGAGCAGUCCAAGGUGAACGAGGAAACGCUGCCGGUGGAGGACAAGCUUAAAGUGUAUCACUCCCUGGCAGGCAGCCUGCAGGACUCGGGGAUUCUGCUGAAGAGGGUCGCCUUGCAUCUGGAGGACCUGGCUCCAAACCUUGAUCCCUCAGCUUAUGAGAAAGCCAAGGGUCAGGUCCAUACCUGGCAAGAGGACUUAAAACUGUUGACUUCUGGCAUUGGCCAGGCAGUGACAGAGUGUGAGAGCCGAAUGGUCCAGAGCAUCGACUUCCAGACUGAGAUGAGCCGCUCCCUGGACUGGCUGCGGAGGGUGAAAGCGGAGCUCACUGGGCCUGUGUGCCUGGACCUCAGGCUCCAGGACAUCCAGGAAGAGAUCCGAAAGACCCAGAUCCACCAGGAGGAGGUCCAGUCCAGCCUGAGGAUCAUGAGCGCCCUGAGCCACAGGGAGCAGGAGAAGUCCACCAAGGCCAAGGAGCUGAUGUCUGCUGAGCUGGAACGCACCCUGGCGGAACUCUCUGAGCUGGACGGAGACCUGCAGGAAGCCUUGCGCGCCCGGCAGGCUACCUUGACUGAAAUAUACAGUUGGUGCCAACGGUAUUAUCAGGUGUUUCAGGCAGCCAAUGACUGGCUUGAGGAUGCUCAAGAAAUGUUACAGCUGGCAGGCAAUGGCCUCGACGUGGAGGGCGCAGAGGAAAGUCUCAAAAGCCACAUGGAAUUUUUCAGUACAGAGGGUGAAUUCCACAGUAAUAUGGAGGAGCUCCAAGGCCUGGUGGCCAAGUUGGACUCACUCAUCAAGCCAGCUGGCAAAGAGGAAUUAGCCCAGAAGAUGGCUUCCCUGGAAAAGAGGAGCCAGAGGACCAUACAGGACUCACACGCCCAGCUAGACCUCUUACAGAGAUGUACUAUUCAAUGGCAAGAUUAUCAGAAAGCAAGGGAAGAGGUCAUUGAGCUGAUGAACGAUGCAGAAAAGAAAUUGUCUGAGUUUUCUUUGCUGAAGACUUCUUCCAGUCCAGAAACAGAAGAAAAGUUGUCAAAACACAAGGCUCUAGUAUCUCUGGUUGACUCCUUCCAUGAAAAGAUUGUGGCCCUUGAGGAAAAAGCUUCACAACUGGAGAAAACUGGCAAUGAUGCAAGUAAAGCCACGCUCAGCAGGUCCAUGACCACCGUGUGGCAGCGUUGGACACGCCUCCGUGCUGUGGCCCAGGACCAGGAGAAGAUCCUGGAAGAUGCUCUAGUUGAAUGGAAGGGUUUGAGCAACAAGGUUAAAGAAGCCACCGAAAUGAUCGAUCAACUUCAAGGCAAAUUGCCAGGAAGUUCAGCAGAGAAAGCCUCCAGAGCAGAUCUUGUGGCCCUUCUUGAAUGCCAUGACACGUGUGUGCUGGAGCUGGAGCAGCAGCAGCUGGCCCUGGGCACGCUCGAGCAGCGAGCACUGAGCAUGUUGCAGGACCAAGCCCCCCGGGGUUCUGCAGAAGAGCCGCCGUCACCACCCAUCCUGCAAGAAAUCAGCGCCAUGCAGCAUCGGUGCCUCAACAUACAGGAGAGCGUGAAGAAUCAAGGCAAGCAGGUAAAGCAAGAACUGGAGGAGCGGGACGUGGUGGAGGCUCAGAUUCGCUCGGUCAAGUCCUGGGUUCGAGAAACGAAGGAGUAUCUAGGGAACCCAACCCUAGACGUCGAUGCCCAGCUGGAGGAACUGAAGAUCCUCCUGACAGAAGCCAAAAACCACCGACAGAACAUUGAGAGAGUGGCAGAAGAACAGAAGAAUAAGUACGCGGCUCUUUAUACGAUAUUACCUUCAGAAAUCUCCCUUCAGUUGGCCGAAGUAGCCCUGGACUUAAACAUCCAUGACCAGAUCCAAGACAAAGUGCGUGAAAUCGAGCAGAGCAAGGCCACGAGCCAGGACUUCAGCCGGCAGAUUCAGAAAGUAGCCAAAGAUCUCACAGCUGCUCUCACUAAGCUGAAAGCCAAAACUGACAACUUAGAUCAAGCUAAAGCAGACCAAAAGGUGCUGGGGGAGGAAUUAGAUGGCUGCAACUCAAAGUUAAUGGAAUUAGACACAGCGGUGCGAACAUUCUCACAACAGAGUGGCCAACUGGGCAAGCCACUGGCUAAGAAAAUAGGAAAACUGAUGGAACUUCACCAGCAAACCAUGAGGCAGGCUGAGAAUCGGCUGUCUAAACUCAAUCAGGCGGCAUCCCAUUUAGAAGAAUACAGUGGCAUGCUUGGGUCAGUUUCGAAGUGGAUGGAGAAAGCCAAAAUCUUGGUGCAUGGAAAUAUUGUGUGGAAUUCUGCAAGCCAACUUCGGGAACAGUGCAUCUUGCAUCAGACCCUGCUGGAAGAAGCUGAAGAGAUUGACAGUGAUCUAGAAUCCAUGGCUGAGAAACUGCAGUAUCUCACGAGCGUGUACCACACAGAAAAAAUGUCCCGGCAAGUGGCAGAACUGGGACGGGAGACUGAAGGGUUGCGGCAGAUGAUCCGAGUUCGUUUGCAGAGUCUCCAAGAUGCAGCAAAGGAUAUGAAAAAAUUUGAAGCUGAGCUGAGAAACCUUCAAGCCGCUUUAGAACAAGCCCAGGCCUCCCUGACUUCCUCGGAGGUUGGACGCCUCAGCCUCAAGGAGCAGCUCUCUCACCGACAGCACUUGCUGUCUGAGAUGGAGUCACUGAAGCCAAAGGUGCAAGCCGUGCAGGUGUGCCAGAGCGCUCUCCGGAUCCCCGAGGACGUGGUCGCCAGCCUGCCCCUGUGCCACGUAGCCCUGCGGCUGCAGGAGGAAGCCAGCCGGCUGCAGCACACGGCCAUCCAGCAGUGCAACAUCAUGCAGGAGGCUGUGGUGCAGUAUGAGCACUGUGAGCAAGAGAUGAAGCAGCUACAGCAGCUGAUAGAGGCCGCUCACAGGGAGAUCGCCGACAAGCCCGUGGCCACCAGCAACAUCCAGGAGCUGCGGGCGCAGAUUUCUCGGCACGAGGAGCUGGCGCAGAAAAUCAAGGGCUACCAGGAGCAGAUCGCCUCGCUGAAUUCCAAGUGCAAGACGCUGACCAUGAAGGCCAAGCACGCCACCAUGCUGUGGACAGUGACCGAGGUCGAGGGGCUGGCGGAAGGGACCGAGGACCUGGACCGGGAGCUCCUCCCCGUGCCAUCGGCCCACCCCUCUGUGGUCAUGAUGACCGCAGGUCGCUGUCACACUUUGCUGUCACCCGUCACCGAAGAGUCUGGGGAGGAGGGAACCAACAGUGAGAUUUCCUCUCCACCCGCCUGUCGCUCCCCUUCACCUGUGGCUAACGCCGAGGCUUCUCUUAACCAGGACAUUGCCUAUUACCAAGCCUUGUCUCCUGAGAGGUUGCAGAGUGAUGCUGCAAGGAUUCAGCCCAGCCCCGCCACCUCCCAGGAGUUCUAUGACCCAGGACUAGAGCCAUCUGCUACGGCCAAGCUGGGAGAUUUGCAGCGUUCUUGGGAAACCUUAAAAAAUGUGAUCAGUGAGAAACAGCGCACCCUCUAUGAAGCCUUGGAAAGGCAACAGAAGUAUCAGGACGCCCUCCAGUCCAUCUCCACAAAAAUGGAGGCCAUGGAGACGAAGCUCAGCGAAAGCCUCCAGCCCGGCAGGAGCCCAGAAAGCCAGAUGGCUGAACACCAGGCCCUGAUGGACGAGGUUCUCAUGCUGCAAGAUGAGAUCAACGGGCUCCAGGCCUCUCUCGCAGAGGAGCUGGUGUCAGAGUCUCAGGAGUGUGACCCUGCGGAACGGCUGGCCCUGCAGUCCACCCUCACUGUCCUGGCCGAGAGGAUGACCACCAUCAAGAUGAAAGCGUCAGGGAAGCGGCAGCUCCUGGAGGAGAAGUUAAAUGAUCAGCUGGAGGAACAGAGACAGGAACAGGCCCUGCAGAGGUAUCGCUGUGAGGCCGACGAGCUGGACAACUGGCUGCUGAGCACCAAGGCCACCCUGGACGGCGCCCUUGCUACACCCAAGGAGCCCAUGGACAUGGAGGCCCAGCUGGUGGACUGCCAGAACAUGCUGGUGGAGAUCGAGCAGAAGGUGGUGGCCCUGUCGCAGCUGUCGGUGCACAGCGAGAACCUGCUGCUGGAGGGCCAGGCUCACACGAAGGACGAGGCCGAGCAGCUGGCCGUGAAGCUGAGGACGCUCCAGGGGAGCCUCUUGGAGCUGCAGAAGGCCUUGCAUGACCGGCAGCUCAACAUGCAGGGAACCACACAAGAGAAGGAGGAGAGCGACGCGGACCUCAUAGCCACUCAGAGCCCAGGAGUUCAGGAGUGGCUGGCGCAAGCUCGCACCACGUGGACCCACCAGAGGCAGAGCAGCCUCCAGCAGCAGAAGGAGUUAGAACAGGAGUUAGCUGAGCAGAAGAGCCUCCUCCUCUCUGUGGCCAGCCGUGGAGAAGAGAUUCUGACCCAGCAGUCGUCUGCGGAGACCUCGGGUGGCCUUGAUGAAAAACAUGAUGUGUUGUCCCAGGAGUUGGGGAUGGAAGGGGAGAAAUCAUCUGCUGAAGACCAGAUGAGAAUGAAAUGGGAAAGCCUACAUCAAGAAUUUAGUACCAAGCAGAGACUGCUACAGAAUGUUCUGGAACAGGAGCAAGAACAAGUGCUUUACAGCAGGCCAAACAGACUCCUGUCUGGUGUUCCAAUGUACAGAGGGGAAGGACAGACACAAGAUAAGUCUACAGUGACGUCUUUGCUGGAUGGACUGAACCAGGCCUUUGAGGAGGUAUCAGCUCAGGGUGGAGGGACCAAGAGACAGAGCAUUCACUUGGAACAGAAGUUGUAUGAUGGGGUCUCGGCUACCUCGACUUGGUUGGAUGACGUGGAAGAGCAUCUGUUUGUUGCCACAGCGCUUUUGCCAGAAGAAACAGAAACUUGUCUCUCCAAUCAAGAGGCUCUUGCCAAAGACAUUAAGGAAAUGUCUGAAGAAAUGGACAAAAACAAGAACUUGUUUUCCCAAACAUUUCCAGAGAAUGGUGACAAUCGUGACGUCAUAGAAGACACUUUGGAUUGUCUUAUGGGCAGAUUAUCCCUGCUCGAUUCAGUGGUGAAUCAACGAUGCCACCAGAUGAAGGACAGACUUCAGGAAAUACUCAAUUUCCAAAAUGAUCUGAAGGUGCUGUUCACAUCGCUGGCUGACAACAGAUACAUCGUUCUGCAGAAACUGGCAAACGUGUUUGAGCAGCCCAUAGUGGAACAGAUCCAGGCGAUUCAGCAGGCCGAGGAGGGGCUCAAGGAACUGGACGCGGGAAUCACUGAGUUGAAAAGGCGUGGUGACAAGCUGCAGGUGGAGCAGCCCGGCCUGCAGGACCUCUCCAAGCUCCAGGACAUGUAUGAUGAGUUAAUGAUGACCAUCGGCUCCCGGCGGAGUGGUCUCAAUCAAAACCUGGCCCUCAGGAGUCAGUAUGAAAGAGCUCUGCAAGACCUGGCCGACCUGCUGGACACGGGACAGGAAAAGACGGCAGGAGACCCGAAAAUCAUCGUGUCUUCCCAGGAGGAAAUCCAACAGCUGCUCAACAAGCACAAGGAAUACUUUCAAGGCCUGGAAUCCCAUAUGAUUUUGACCGAAACACUCUUCAGAAAGAUCGUCGGCUUUUCAGUGGUAAAGGAAACCCAGUUCCACGCAGACCUGAUGGCGCAGGCGUCCGCGGUCCUGAAACGGGCUCACAAGAGGGGCGUGGAACUGGAAUACAUCCUAGAGACGUGGACACAUCUGGAUGAGGACCUCCAGGAGCUCAGCAGACAGCUGGAGGUGGUGGAAAACAGCAUCCCGAGUGUGGGCUUGGUGGAGGAGAGCGAGGACAGGCUCAUGGAAAGGACGACCCUUUACCAGCACUUAAAAUCCAGCCUUAAUGAGCACCAGCCUAAAUUAUAUCAAGUAUUAGAUGACGGAAAACGACUUCUGAUGUCCAUCAGCUGCUCAGGUCUUGAAAGUCAGCUAAACCAGCUUGGGGAGCGCUGGUUCAAUAAUACUGACAAAGUGUCCAAGGAACUUCACAGGCUGGAAACCAUUCUGAAACACUGGACCAGGUAUCAAAGUGAAUCCUCAGCUCUAAAUCACUGGCUCCAGUCUGCCAAAGAUAGGCUGGAAUUUUGGACUCAGCAGUCGGUGACUGUCCCACAGGAACUGGAAAUGGUCCGUGAUCAUCUAAAUGCUUUCCUGGAGUUUUCCAAAGAAGUAGACGCAAAGUCUUCCCUGAAAUCUUCAGUUAUGAGCACCGGAAAUCAGCUCCUUCGGUUAAAGAAAGUGGACACAGCUGCCCUGCGCGCCGAGCUGUCCCGCAUGGAUGGCCAGUGGACAGACCUACUGACGAACAUUCCAGCUGUGCAGGAGAAGCUCCACCAGCUCCAGAUGGAUAAGCUGCCUUCCCGCCAUGCCAUCUCUGAGGUCAUGAGCUGGAUUUCACUAAUGGAAAGUGUCAUCCAAGAAGAUGAUGAAGGCAUAAGAAAUGCCGUAGGUUACACGGCCAUUCACGAGUAUCUCCAGAAGUAUAAGGGUUUCAAGAUCGACCUGAACUGUAAGCAGCUGACUGCUGAUUUUGUGAACCAGUCCGUUCUACAAAUCAGCAGUCAAGACGUGGAGAGCAAGCGCAGCGACAAGACGGAUUUCGCAGAGCAGCUUGGGACGAUGAAUCGAAGUUGGCAGCUCCUGCAAGGCCUAGUGUCUGAGAAGAUCCGGUUGUUGGAAGGUUUGUUGGAGUCUUGGUCAGACUAUGAAAAUAAUGUCCAGUGUCUAAAGACGUGGUUGGAAACCCAGGAAAAGAGGCUGAAGCAGCAACAUCAGAUUGGGGAUCAGGCUUCUGUUCAGAAUGCACUGAAGGACUGUCAGGAUCUGGAAGAUUUGAUUAAAGCAAAAGAAAAAGAAGUAGAGAAAAUUGAGCAGAAUGGACUUGCUUUGAUUCAGAGCAAGAAAGAAGAAGUCACUGGCACUGUUAAGAUCACACAGCGGGAGCUCAACCAGGCCUGGGCAAAUCUAGACCACAUGGUUGGGCAAUUAAAGAUAAGACUUAAAUCGGUGCUUGACCAAUGGACCAAUCACAAAACGGCUUUUGAUGAGUUAAACAGCCACCUUAUGGAGGCCAGAUAUUCUCUGUCCCGAUUCCGCCUACUGACUGGCUCUUCAGAAGCUGUGCAAGUUCAGGUAGACAAUCUGCAGACUCUUCAUGAUGAUCUAGAAAAACAGGAAAUGAAUUUAGAGAAAUUUGGUUCCAUCACCAACCAAUUAUUAAAAGAGUGUCAGCCACCCGUGACAGAAACCCUCACCAGCACUCUACAGGAAGUCGGUAUGAGAUGGAAUAACUUGCUGGAAGAGAUUGCCGAGCAGCUGCACUCCAGUCAGGCCCUCCUUCAGCUCUGGCAAAGAUAUAAGGAUUACUCCAAGCAGUGUGCUUCAGCCGUUCAGCAACAGGAGGAAAGAAGCAAUGCACUGUUGAAGGCAGCCACUAGCAAGGACAUCGCCGAUGACGAAGUCACUACCUGGAUUCAGGACUGCAAUGACCUCCUCAAAGAACUGGGGACAGUUAAGGAUUCCCUUUUUGUCCUCCGCGAGUUGGGAGAGCAACUCAAGCAGCAGGUGGACACUUCAGCAGCCACAGCCAUCCAGUCAGAUCAGCUGUGCUUGAGUCAGCGCCUGUGCGCCCUUGAGCAGGCACUCUGCAAGCAGCAGGCGAUAUUACAGGCUGGAGUUGUUGACUAUGAAACCUUUGCCAAGAGCUUAGAAGCUCUGGAAGUCUGGAUUGUGGAAGCUGAGGACAUCCUUCAAGCGCAGGACCCUACUCACUCGUCUGACCUCUCCACCAUUCAGGAAAGGAUGGAAGAACUUAAGGGACAGAUGUUGAAAUUCAGCAGCAUGGCUCCAGAUGUAGACCGUCUGAAUGAGCUGGGAUACAGGCUGCCCCUGAGUGACAAGGAAAUCAAAAGGAUACAGAGCCUGAACCGACACUGGUCUCUGAUCUCCUCACAGACUACAGAAAGGUUCAGCAAGCUGCAAUCCUUUCUGCUACAACAUCAGACUUUCUUGGAGAAAUGUGAAACGUGGAUGGAAUUCCUGGUUCAGACGGAACAAAAGCUGGCUGUGGAGAUCUCCGGCAACUAUCAGCACCUUCUGGAACAACAGAGAGCUCAUGAAUUGUUUCAAGCCGAGAUGUUCAGCCGUCAGCAGAUUCUACACUCGAUCAUUAUUGAUGGGCAGCAUCUUUUAGAACAAGGUCAAGUUGAUGACAGGGACGAGUUCAGCCUCAAGUUGACACUCCUCAGUAAUCAGUGGCAGGGGGUGAUCCGCAGGGCCCAGCAGAGACGCGGGAUCAUCGACAGCCAGAUUCGCCAGUGGCAGCGCUACAGGGAGAUGGCCGAGAAGCUCCGUAAAUGGCUGGUCGAAGUGUCUCAUCUGCCCGAGAGCGGUCUCGGAAGCGUCCCUGUACCGCUGCGGCAAGUGAGGGGCCUCUUCGACGAGGUGCAGUUCAAGGAGAAGGUGUUCCUGCGGCAACAAGGCAGCUGCAUUCUGACCGUGGAGGCCGGCAAGCAGCUCCUGCUCUCGGCUGACAGUGGCGCCGAGGCCGCCUUGCAGGCGGAGCUCACGGAGCUUCGGGAGAAGUGGAGGUCAGCCAGCGCAGGGCUGGAGGAGCAGAAGAAGAAGUUGGCCUUCUUGUUGAAUGAUUGGGAAAAAUGUGAGAAAGGAAUUGCUGCUUCUCUUGAGAAGCUACGAUCUUUCAAAAAGAAGCUGUCCCAGCCUCUGCCGGAUCACCACGAAGAACUUCACGCAGAGCAGCUGCGGUGCAGGGAGCUGGAGACCGUAGCUGGGAGCUGGACGGAGGACUUGGCGGGGCUGACGCUGCUCAGGGAUACCCUGGCCACCUACAUCAGCGCUGAGGACCUCUCCAUCCUGAACGAACGCUUGGAACUUCUGCAAAGGCAGUGGGAGGAACUUUGCCACCAGGUCUCCUUAAGGCGGCAGCAAGUGGGCGAGCGGCUGAACGAAUGGGUGGUGUUCAGCGAGAGGAACAAAGAACUGUGCGAAUGGUUGACUCAGAUGGAGAGCAAAGUGUCUCAGAAUGGGGACAUCCUCAUCGAAGAGAUGAUAGAGAAGCUCAAGAAGGAUUACCAAGAGGAAAUCGCUGUUGCUCAAGAGAACAAAAUACAGCUACAGCAAAUGGGAGAACGACUUGCUAAAGCCAGCCACGAAAGCAAAGCAUCGGAGAUUGAAUAUAAACUGGGAAAGGUCAAUGACCGCUGGCAGCAUCUCUUGGACCUCAUUGCAGCCAGAGUGAAGAAGCUGAAGGAGACCCUGGUGGCCGUGCAGCAGCUCGACAAGAACAUGAGCAGCCUGAGGACAUGGCUGGCCCACAUCGAGUCAGAGCUGGCCAAGCCCAUAGUCUACGACUCCUGUAACUCAGAAGAAAUACAGAAAAAGCUUAACGAGCAGCAGGAGCUGCAGAGAGACAUCGAGAAGCACAGCACCGGCGUGGCCUCGGUGCUCAACCUGUGCGAAGUCUUGCUGCAUGACUGUGACGCCUGCGCCACCGACGCCGAGUGCGACUCCAUCCAGCAGGCCACACGGAACCUGGACCGGCGGUGGAGGAACAUCUGCGCCAUGUCCAUGGAGAGGAGGCUCAAGAUUGAAGAGACGUGGCGACUGUGGCAGAAGUUUCUGGAUGACUAUUCUCGAUUCGAAGAUUGGCUGCAGGUUUCAGAAAGGACGGCUGCUUUCCCCAGCUCUUCUGGGGUCCUCUAUACAGUUGCCAAGGAAGAACUGAAGAAAUUCGAGGCCUUCCAGCGACAGGUCCACGAGAGCCUGACGCAGCUGGAACUCAUUAACAAGCAGUACCGCCGCCUGGCCCGGGAGAACCGCACCGAUUCCGCCUGUAGCCUCAAGCAGAUGGUUCAUGAGGGCAACCAGAGAUGGGACAGCCUGCAAAAGCGUGUCACCUCCAUCUUGCGCAGACUCAAGCAUUUCAUUAGUCAGCGUGAGGAGUUCGAGACCGCCCGGGACAGCAUCCUUGUCUGGCUGACGGAGAUGGAUCUGCAACUCACCAACAUUGAACACUUCUCUGAGUGUGACGUUCAAGCAAAAAUAAAGCAACUCAAGGCCUUCCAGCAGGAGAUCUCUUUGAACCACAAUAAGAUCGAGCAGAUCAUUGCUCAGGGGGAGCAGCUGAUAGAGAAGAGUGAGCCCUUGGACGCGGCCGUCAUUGAGGAGGAGCUGGAUGAGCUCCGGCGCUACUGUCAGGAGGUCUUCGGGCGCGUGGAAAGAUACCACAAGAAGCUGAUCCGCCUGCCUCUUCCGGAUGAUGACCACGACCUCUCGGACCGAGAGCUGGAAGACUCCACGGCUCUCUCAGACGUGCACUGGCAGGAUCCCUCUGUGGAUGGUGUGUCCUCCCCCCAACCUUCCUCAAAUCCCUCCCUCUCACUCCCCCAGCCCCUCCGAAGUGAGCGGUCAGGGCGAGACACCCCCGCCAGCGUGGACUCCAUCCCCCUGGAGUGGGAUCACGAUUAUGACCUCAGCCGUGACCUGGAGUCUGCAGUGUCCCAGACUCUGCCCUCUGAGGAUGACGAAAGUCGGGAAGAGAAGGAGUUCUACCUCAGGGGGGCUGCUGGAUUGUCAGAUGUAGUGAUCCCCGAAAGUCCCGAGGCCUAUGUAAAACUCACAGAAAAUGCAAUCAGAAAUACCUCUGGGGACCCCAGCUCCUUGGAGUCACAGAUACGGCAGCUGGACAAAGCCCUGGAUGACAGCCACUUCCACUUGCAGCAGACGGAAAAUAUACUCCGCAGUAGAACUCCCACGGGGCCAGACCUGGACACCAACUAUAAGGGCUAUAUGAAGCUGCUGGGUGAGUGCAGCGGCAGUAUAGACUCCGUGAGGAGGCUGGAGCACAAGCUGAAGGAGGAAGAGGAAAACUUCCCUGGCUUCGUUAACCUGAACAGUGCCGAGACCCAGACGGCAGGUGUGAUUGACAGAUGGGAGCUGCUCCAGGCCCAGGCACUGAGCAAGGAGUUGAGGAUGAAUCGGAAUCUCCAAAAGUGGCAGCAGUUCAACUCGGACCUGAACAACAUAACGGCCUGGCUGAGGGAGACGCAGGAGGAGCUAGACAGGCUCCGGCACUUGGAGCUCAGCACCGACAUCCCCACCAUCGAGCACCAUAUCCAAAAGCUGAAGGAGCUCCAGAAGGCUGUGGACCACCGCAAAGCCAUCAUCCUCUCCAUCAACCUCUGUAGCUCAGAAUUCACCCAGGCAGACAGCAGAGAGAGCCACGAGCUGCAGGAACGCUUGUCCCAGAUGAACGUGCAGUGGGACCGGGUCUGCUGUCUGCUGGAGGACUGGCGAGGCCUGCUGCAGGAAGCACUGAUGCAGUGCCAGGAUUUCCAUGAAAUGAGCCAUGGUUUGCUUCUGAUGCUGGAGAACAUUGACAGGAGGAAAAACGAAAUCGUCCCUAUUGAUUCUAACCUUGACCCCGAGAUACUUCAGGACCAGCACAAGCAGCUCAUGCAAAUAAGGAAUGAGCUGUUGGAGUCCCAGCUCAGAGUCUCCUCCCUGCAAGACAUGUCUUGUCAACUUCUGGUGAAUGCUGAAGGCUCAGACUGUCUCGAAGCCAAAGAAAAAGUUCAUGUCAUUGGAAACCGGCUCAAGCUUCUCUUGAAGGAGGUCAGUCAUCACAUGAAGGACCUGGAAAAAUUACUGGACAUGUCCAGCAGUCAGCAGAAUUUGUCUUCCUGGUCCUCUGCAGAUGAUCUGGACACAUCGGGGUCUGCGAGUCCUACAUCGGGAAGAAGCACCCCGAACAGACAGAAAGCGCCACGAGACAAAUGUAGUCUCUCACAGCCUGGACCCUCUGUCAGCAGCCCAAAGAGCAGGUCCACAAGAGGUGGCUGCGAUUCCUCCCCUUCUGAGCGGCAGCCGGCGCGGGUGGGCAGGUCGUUCCUGUGCAGGGUCCUCCGGGCAGCCCUUCCCCUCCAGCUGCUUCUGCUGCUGCUCAUCGGGCUGGCCUGCCUCGUACCCAUGUCAGAGGAAGACUACAGCUGUGCCCUGUCCAACAACUUUGCCAGAUCAUUCCACCCUAUGCUCAGAUAUACGAAUGGUCCCCCUCCGCUCUGAACCGAGCACAUGCUAUCUGCAUAAAUGUUUGGCACCCUGAGAAGCAUCGGGCCCAAAAGCAGCUGCAGGCUCACAGAGGACCUUGAUCAAGGCAGGGGCCCUCUGUGUGACAUCUUAGCUCUUUGCUGUGUCCUGUGUGUGAAAAUCAUGGCCUCAGAGGUGGACCGUAACCAAUAGUAGGAGAACAAGUGGAAGGUGUGGGACUACUGUUGCUGGACGCUCUGGGCCUUGGCAUUAAGGGAUUGAAUUAAAGACAUCCAAAGUUCCCUGGACGCAUGGAUUCUGGGACUCCAGCCCAUUUGAUUCGGAGCCCAGGACUCCAGUGGGCAGUCUGGGUGGCUUUCCCAUGGUGCUGCCCUACCCAUCCACAGCCUGCCCCAACCCCACCAGGCACCAUGUCAGUAUCAAUCUGCCAACCAACCUGCUGAAAGAGGUUCUAGAACCUUGUAACAUACAGUUUCUAAGAGCCCGUUACACGGCAGCUUCCUUUGUACCUUGUUUUCAUUUGGGGCAUGAUAUUCUAACCUUUGCUUUGGAAGCACAAGCUGUAAAUCUAAAAGGCACUUUUUUUUACCAAAAAAAGAAAAAAAAAAGGUAUAAAGAAAAACCAGAUGUAAUAAAUAAGAUCAUGAAAAGCUUUAUGUGAAAAGAGUUGAAUGUUAUCGCAUAAAGAAGAUAUUUAUGUAUGUACAGUUUGCUGAAACCAAGUUUUGUUUGUAUUGAUUUCUUUGCACUUAUUAUAGAUGCUAUAAAAUA